ACUGCUGCGCUACGUUAUAUCUACAUAGCAGUGCGCUCUGUUCCACAGAGUCCGCGGUAGUCAUCGUUUGAUGAUAUUUCAAGAGGAUGUCUGCCUCGUUCUACCUCGUUUGCGCUGUAGCGAUUUUUCCACUGUCGAGCCUCGAGGGCCACAUAAACGUCAAAUUCGAGGACGUCAACGUCGAUUACGUCAACGACGAGUACAUCGACGAGGACACGUUCGAUCUUGCUGUGAACUACAUUAACAAAACUUACAACACCUUGAGGUGCAAGGUCAGAGUCGUUAAGAAGUUUCCGGACGAUCUUCGCAUAUCACUUAAGGUGUAUGCCUACGCCUUGAACGAUUUUCGAAUACCCAUGGGCAUCAGCGUGAACAUUUCGAUUUGCGACGUGAAGACGGCGCCCAUUCUCGUGAUGCCGUUCAUCAGCGCGAUCGGCGGCGACCCGGAUAAGUGCGGCCCCGACGAGGGCGAAUACGGAAACGAAGACUUCUACCCGGUCGACCCGAAGAUGCUGCCCAGCGUGUUCCCUCGAAACCAGUACCGCUUGAACAUCGUAAUAGACAGUCCAUCCCUGACGAUCCUGAAGGUUCAAUUCUACGUGCAAAUAUCAUGAGCUGUAUUAUAUUGACGAAUCGAAUUUUCGCACUAUAAUAUAAACAAUACACACGUCGCA